UCUGGUAUUUUCCCCCCUCAGAGAGAGAGCAUCUCACGCAGCACACAGGCACCAGCAUCAGCAUCGGCUGCGGACGCGACGCGCAGCACUGAAUGAUCCCACGCACCGUAAACACAUUUUACUGACUACACACUUGAGUGUCAUUGCUCAGAGAUUACAGGCAAAGGUUUUCCACCGUUGUGGGACGGGGGAAUGAUAAACCCCGGAUCCCCCGGGCCGUUGUACAGUUCGUAAGGAUGCGAUCUCUGAGCCCACCCUGGGCCUCGCUACUCACCGAGGCUUUCCUCAUCACAACAGUCGCCGUCAGCGCCGCAAUGGCAGUUGUGGGACAUUGUCCUCGGAGUCUGGACUGUGCCCGGGAGCGACGGCACUUCUGCCAGCCCGGCUCUUCACACUGCGGCCCAUGCCUAGACCCAUUUGUGGAGAACAAACGAGGGAAGUGUGUGAUCAGGAGACAAUAUCAACCUGCAGUCAAGGUCAGCCAUCUCCCAGAGCUGGAUGAAGAGAUAGACAUUCUCUCCUCCAUCAUCAGCAAACACAGAGAAUCAGAGAUGAAACACUCAGCCCCCUCUCCAGCUGCAUCCAAAGCCCCUGAGGAUGGAUCGUGGCAGAGCGGUCAGCACAGAGCAGAGGCUUCUCCUACUGCUGCUACAUCAGAACAGCCUCUGACAAGUGCCCUGACCACCGCCGCCUCUACCACCAGACCAGCCUCACACACUCCCUUUAUCUCUGCUGUGCACAGUGCCCCCUUUAUCAUCCCGUACCCCUCAGAGGACCACUCUUUCAUCAUAUUUUUGGGUGUGUUUCUCAUGGUGGGCUCAGUUGCCAUGGUCUUGACCGGUGUGUGUUGGGUCAGGAUGCAGAGAGGAAAUCGUCUGGCCCAGAAGGUUGAUUAUCCUGCUUUUGGGUUAAUAGGUCCCAAUUCUGACAGUGGCAUGACUGGAGAUAAAACACUUGCCCAGAGUGCCCAGAUGUACCACUUUCAGCUUCAGAAGCAGCAAAUGAUGUCACUGAAGCAACGAAGUGAUUCCAAGAUUCCUGAGUCAGGAGCCACUUCAGAUGAGGAAAAUGAAGACGGAGACUUCACUGUGUAUGAGUGCCCAGGACUUGCCCCAACCGGGGAAAUGGAAGUGAAGAAUCCACUGUUCGAUGACUCCACCUUUCAUCUUCACCUGCAGAGAAGUUACAACUAAACACGAGUACUCAGAGGACGCAUCACUUCACGCAUGAAAUCCCAAUGGUGUGCUUUCCUCAUCUGAUCCAUUAAUGCGAGGUCACAAAAGUCAUCUGCACUUGCAGCAUGGUUCGCGUGGACAUUUGAGAGCAUUUUUCUUUUGUGCUGUUAAAUGCAGCUUCCACCCAUGAACAGAAAACAGAAUGCAUUGCAACACUGACAGAAAUAAUUCACUUUGUCAACAUGUUGAUUCACACAUACACAAGCACCCUUUCUAAGGACCAGGACCCUGCGCUGUAGUAGCUUUCUGUUUAACGGCAAAUGUGUAAAAGCAUUGCAUGGAUUUCUGAUCAAGAGUCGCACCCAUCCUGUAUAAUCAUGCACAGGUCGUGUCACUUUCUUUAAGUCUUCUGGACCUGUUUGAUAGUUACGUCCACUAUAAACAUACUGUACGUAAGAGCCUGUGCAACCUCAGUGCUCUCAAAAAGCUUGAACAUGCUCUGCUCUUGAUACCAGCUCAAGACUCAUUUAAUAUCAGUUCUGUUAUGACGUCUUCUGUAGUAUAUUGUGAAUACUGUGCAAUUGAAAGGAAACAUAUUUAUAGAAUUAAUUGUUUGAACAUAUCUUGCCUGCAAACACUAGUCAUAUUUAGAACGGACGUGGAAGUUGAUGGACCUUGAGGAGCAACGUAAAUGAUACAAUUAGCAUAUCUACCAAAUUCGUCUGUGACUGUAUUUUUUAAAAUACCAAUGGUGAUUUUAAUAUUUUUUUAUAAUUGUGCUCACAAAAAAUAACCCUUAAUGAUAUUAUGUAGCCUCUGUAUAAUCAGAACAGUCCUACUAUGCAUGAUAGUCAGUGUGCAUUUCUGGUUAGAACAAAAACACAUAUGAAAUUGAAUUUUUUUAACAAACCCAGCAAAAACAAAAAGAUCUGAUUUGCAGUGUAACACAUUGUAUAUAGCUGCUAUUGUGUACAGGCCAGGAUUCUCCGAUCUGUGUGCGGUAACCUCUGUGCUAGAUCACUAACGGUGGCGUGAUAUAGUUUGAUUCUGGAGCGUGUGUCGCCCGCUGCUGUUUCUCAGGAAAUCUGCCAACAGUAGCCAGUUUCUGUGCAGCAUUUUCUGUAAUUCCUACAGGGGAGCUGUUCAGGUUCCUCUGGACCUUAUUCCUUUGAAUCUUCUAGUCAAAAUCUGUGGAAGUGUCGUCAUUCUUUCAAUGUUGCAUUGGGGCAAAGCAAAGCCCUUAAAAUUAGAAAUGUGCCUCCUUUAACAUCCUCUAAUUGUUUUAUGAAACAGUCAUUGUGGGGACGUUAACUACACUUUUCAAAAUAAGUCAUGAUGGUUUUUAGUUAAUAAACCUUUUUCAGCUACUGAGAUUGCCUGACAUGCAUGUAAAGAUGGAAUAUAUAAAGAGGAAAUAAAUAUUUAUAUCAGCUCA